CUGCUAUUAGGACAAAUGACUCGUUCAUCCAUUCAUUCAUGUGUGUCGUGUGCUCGGUUUACGUCAGCAGGGGGCGGCCUCCCUGCCAGCUGUGGCUCGCUCCACCCUCCCCACCCCCACCCCCCCCGCAUAUUACUUAACGUGCGGGAGACGCGGACACGCAGCCACAGUGAGCGGCCACCGUGUCUGGGGAAGAUCGGGAUGAUGUGGCCCUUCGUACCGCUGCUGCUGCUCGGUCUUCUGCGGCCCCGCACCGCCGGAGCCCUGCUCACACAGCACUGUGACUCAUCCACGGAUGACACCAUAUUCAAAUACCAGGCAAAAUCCCUGAACGGGAGCCACAAUGUGAGCUUUGGCGACUACAGAGGCAGGAGUGUCCUGUUCGUCAAUGUGGCGACAUACUGAGGUUUAACCUUUCAGUAUGUGGAACUGAAUGCACUACAGGAGGAGAUGGAACCAUAUGGACUCACCGUUCUUGGAUUUCCCUGCAACCAGUUUGGGAAACAGGAACCGGGACAAAAACAUGAGAUCCUGCCAGGUUUAAAACAUGUCAGACCAGGCAACGGCUUCAUGCCAAACUUCCCGCUGUUCGAGAAGGGGGAUGUGAACGGAAGAGACGAACAAGCGGUUUACACAUUCCUUAAGAAAUCCUGCCCUCCAGUUGGAGACGACUUCGGGAACCAUGCCAGCAGAUUGUUCUGGGAGCCUCUGAAGCAUUUCACUUAG